GUGUGUGUGUGGAAGCAGGACUCGUUCACUCACUGACUCACUGACAGACUGACUGACGGACGGACGAUGUCGGUGUGUGAGUCGUGAUGAGGGAGAAGCUUCGAGGCCGUGGUCACAGAUGAAGAUGACUCUUUGCUGGAUGUCGCUGAUGCUGCUGAGCUGCAGCUUCUCCAGCGUCGCUCUGUCUCACAGCACAUGUUCCUGCAAUGUCAGCAUAGAAGUCCAGUGCCCGAACAUGACCAAAAAAGAGAUGACCUUUGACCUCUUCAGGGACGGGGACAUCAUCUCCCAGGUCAAGUGCGUCCGUGAAAAGAACGCGACAAUGAAAUGUGAGCGUCAGCCCCAGCGAGCAGGCGUGGACCUGCGGGAAGACCGACACCAUAACUCAGUGAGUUUCCUCGUCACCAAGAGUCGAUGUGGACUCUACCAGUGUGAGGGAACCGUCGUUUUCCCCCCUCCCAUGCUUAAAGUACCCAGUGUUCUGAGGAUUAAGGUCCUCGAAGGACUCCCCUGCACGUGCAGUGAAGACGGCGGUAACCCCGGCGACGACCCCAACCAGAGACUUGUGUGGAUUUGGAUUGUAGUGGUUGCAUUUCUCAGCAUCUACGGCGUAACCGUCACCGCCAUCGCUGUUGUCUAUUGGGUGAAGCUGAGGAACACGGACGCUCACAGCGACUACAUCAACACCAAACCCAGAGUGUCGCGGGAGCGCAGGAAGAAGAAAGGCGUUCAGAAACCUAUACCACGACACUUCUGACUCCACACACACACACACACACACAGAGAGAACAUUCUUCUUCUUCUGAGGGCUGGAGGUUCAGAAGCCGCCGUGGCUGAAUAAUAAAGAAAAAGGAGGCAGAUA